CUUUUGUUAGUUUAACCUUUUUCAUUAAGUAUUUGGAAUACUCAUCAAUGCAGUAUGCUUAUACUGCAGGUCUUAAAGAAGCUUUCCAUUUAUCGGGUACUGAUUAUAACUGGAUCGAUAAUGGAUACUAUAUUUGUUAUGCCGUAGGUGGUUUACUUGGGGUACUUUUAACGGCUUAUUUCCCUCCAAGAAUUGUUUUCCCAUCCUUUGAGUUAUCAUGGGUUGUUUUCACCAUUUUGAAUUGUAUUGCUCAUGAUUUCACCAGUCAACUUGUUUUAAGGUGUUUCCAAGGUGGUCUUGCCGGUAUGGCUUUUCCUUCAAUCAGUUACAUCUUGGGUACUUUCUAUCCUCCAGAGUUAUUAUCAAGUAGAACCAGUAUCUUUAUAUUUGCUGGUUGUGUUGGACCAAUCAUAGGAGGUAUUAUUCAAUCUGGUUUAUAUGGAGCUUUAGAAGGUAAACAUAUUGGAAUUCCAGCUUUUAAAAUGGCUCAGGUUGUUGAUGGGUUGAUCGGUUUACCGGUUGCAAUCUCUGGGUUCUUUGUAAUUCCUCCGGUUACCGGGGAUAAAGGUAAUUUUUAUUUAAGUCGUGAAGAUAUUCAACACUUAUUUAAACGUACCGAACAAUCUUCUGAACAAACUCAUAAUAAAUUUAAUUUAAAGUUCAUUUGGAGUGUCCUUACUUCGUGGCAAUUAUGGUUAUUUUGUCUUCUUUUCAGUGCUGAACAAAUUGCUGAAUAUGCUGCAUCGUUCCAAUCGAUUGUCUUACAAUCACAAGGCUAUAGUGUUUAUCAGUGUAACAACUUGCCAACUAUUCAAUCGGGUGUUAAAGCAGUGGCUACUCUUGCUGCUGGAGUCUUAAUUGAAUUAAAAGGUAAACGGUUCGAAGUUUACCUAUUGAUCUGUGCUAUAUGGAUAACUGGUUUAGCCAUAUUAGUGAAAUAUGAUGUUGCCCGUAUUGCUCAAUUCAUCGGCUAUGCUCUAACUGGAGUUUGCUCACCGGUAAGUGCUAUUCUUCUUAGUUGGGCUAAUACAGCAUCUCGUAAUAGAGGUGCUGGUUUUAGAGCUUUUGUUUUAGGUUCUUUAAAUAUCGCUGCUCAAAUUUGUCUUACCCCAAUUGGAGUAAUCAUUUUUGAUACCAGUUUGGCUCCUCGAUUCACUACUGGUAUGAGACUUGGUUUGGCAAUGGUGGUAUUACAAGUCUUUGGGGCCUGUGCCCUUCUUUGGUGUGAUCGUUACGAACGUAGAUUGGCUGAUCUAAUAGAUGAACUGUCUACCGAAUUGGAUGAAAAAUUAUAACUUUGCAUAUUUUAUAUAAAACCAAUGGACUCUUCAAGUAUAG